ACAUUGUCUUGUCUUGUCUUGUCUUGUCUUGCAAAUUACAAAAAAGAAAGGUUCCUAGAGAUUUUAUUUAACAAGACAUCACAAAGAAAAUCAUAAUCCAAGCAUCUUCAUAUCGUCAUGAUAACAGUAGCUAUCGCCGCUGAGUUGCUUGAAGAAUACACGUUGGCCCUUGCUCGCAUCACCGCCACACUCCUCCCUCAACCACCGACAAGUCGCCGUCGAAGUGUCCGAACUCCCACUAGCGGCGACCGAGCUGAGUCUCCCUUGCCUCGUAGCGACAACUCAUCAUCUUGCGCUCCAAAUUACACCGCUUUUCUCUUGAAUUUCUGAGUUUUUUUUUGUUGUUGUAUAGACGAAGAGAUUUUCGAAUGUUCUUCUUCUUGACUCAUGUAUGAUGAUUAUGUUAUGAAAUUUGAACUUUCUAUUUAUCUUAUGCGUUUAUGUUUUUCUUAGUGAUAGACUGAAAUUAAGCAUGUAAAUUCUACCGAGAGUUCAAAAAAAAGUUAUCUAUCAUUGACGGCAAGUAACUAAAUAAGUAUAAAG